AUGAUUAAGAGGAUACCGUACCUCUCGAUGUUCAUUUUAUUGCUCAUUUUAUUCGAUGCUGCGUUUGCGCGACAAAAGUGAGUUUCACUUUUAUGUUGUAUGUUAGUUUAACGACAUAAUGGGAGGAAAAGGGACACUAUAAAAAAAUACUGUGUAUCGGGUCAAUCAUAAAACAGUUUUUUUUUUUGAAAUCAAAGAUGAAAAUUUCAGGUUUAUGGUGAGGAAGGGUGGAAGAUUGGAUAGAUUACAUAAGAAAACCACACAUGAUUGGGCUCACGCUGCUCAUAAAUAUCGAUCUGGAAAAAGGUAAGAUACAUUGGGUUACUGUAGUUUUUUUUAAUUUGUCCAAGAAAUUUCUGGAAUCAUUCUAAUCAUAGUUCUGAUAAUCUAAAUUUUUUCAUAUUCACUCACACGAGAUAUACAUAGUAGGCUUGCAGUUCUCAGGCUACAGUAGGCUUUGCAGUAGAGUUUGGAGCUACAGUAGUCUUUGCAGAAGAGUUCGGGGCUACAGUAUGCUUUGCAGUUUUCAAGGUACAGUAGGCUUCGCAGUUCUGGAUAGAACUAGACUUCACAGUUUCAGAGAUUCAGUGAGCUUUGCAGUGAUUUUAAGGGCUACAGUAGGCUCUCUAGGUUUCUGAAAGCUACCGUAGGCUUUUCAAAAGGUUUUAGGGUUACGGUAGGCUUUGCAGUUUGAUCAGGCUACAGUAGGAUUUGCAGUUUUCAAAUUUUGAAAUUUUCAAAUUUUGUGAAACCUCUACAUUUCAAUCUCCCCAUAAUUUUUUUUUCCGAAAUUUCUACUCAAUUUUUUUUUCUGAAAAUUUCACCCACGUCAUCCCUAUGAAUAAUUUUCAAAAAUGAAGGUUUCCUGUUUUUCACAAAUUCUAAUUAUUUUCCAAAGAAAAAAGUAAGAAAAAGUGCAAAGUUUGAUUAUGAGCUCACAAAAAAAUAAUAAUUAAAAAUCUCAAAUUUCUUUCAGACAUAAACGCCGCCGUCAUUACCGUGACGGAACAUUCCGCGUCGACAACAUUUUAGCGCAAAUGGAUUCAUUUGUCCGCCCACGAUUUGGUCGAUCCGUCAAAUGGUCAGAAGUUUCGUUGUCUCCCACGCGAUAA